CAGUCACAAACCUACUAGAUCCACUUAACUUUAGGUAUUUCACCAUUAUUCAAAGCUCUCUCGUCUACGGGUAUAGUACGUGUUCUGAAAGCCACGAACAGUGCUACGCCUCAGAUCGCUCUCGCCAGCAGAGCAUUUCGCAUCCACCUGGGAGAAGGAACAAGAUUCUUAUAGACAGAACAACAUAAAUCUCUUGCAAUAAGUGUCAGGUGUCAGUGAUGAAAGUCUAGUAAUGAGUGGAUACAUUCCUACGUGGCGCUCAGUUUGCGAGAAAUGGAUCCAAGAGGCUUUGGAGGAGAAGGAAGGCGAAGUCACUCCCGUCUAUGUCCUUUACAAUGCCUACUUAAAGGAUAACCCCCAACAGUACCUGGAUAUAGCCCAGUUUGGGAAGAUUUUGAAAUCAAGAUUCCAGAACAGAAAAUGCCGCCGGGGCAAGCAGGGAGCCCAGAUCUACGUCUACAAAAAUGUGAUCAUCAAGACAAAAGCAGCAAGUAUGGUGAGUCAAGAAACCAAGAAGGGUUACAAACCAAAAGCCAAGUCGUCAGACCACUUUCUUCCAUGGAUUAUAAGCUUUUAA